CAGUCAUCUUCCGGGGCAGGGCACCAGGGCCACUGCUGCCUGGCGUGUUACUUGUUUUCGAUAACCUGCCCAUAAUGGCUCCGUCCCGUUCCUCCGAUCAUGACAUCGGCACGACCCUUGACUCUACUUUGUCUGCUUAGCCUUGUUCAAUUGAGAGCCGCACGGCCACAAUCUCGUCCUCCUACCUGCGCCUGGUGCAUCGCACAGUUGGGCAGCUCUCCAAGCUAAGUAUCGCGAUGUUGCGCGAUUUAUCGCAGGUGAUUUGGACAAGUGCUGGUCUCGAAGACAAUUUGAUGCCGGUCAUGUCGAGACAACUCGUUGUAUAUCAAUCGACACGCCCCAGUGGCUGCCUCUGCCCUCACUACACAGUUCAAGCUAGCUGCGUGAGAUUGGUUUGCUUCGAUGAGUCCAUUCAGAGCCGUAGUCAGCGGCAUUGCUACCAUCUGGGACCAUGUCUUCACCGGUUUUUUAUCUUUGACCUACGCCUUGCUCAAUGGACUGCAAGCCUGUGGGCACUUCCUAGCCCAUCCGAUACUUUGGGUCCGACGACGUACGACUACACAGCUUCCCAUUCCCCAAGAUGACAUCGUGUCGCCUUCUUCUGGAUCUUCCGACUUAAGUAUGGUAACGAACCGCACUGGCCGCACUUCACCAACGUUUUCACCACCCGGUUCACCACCUCCGCCACUUGAUCCCAGCAAUACCAGGGACAUUCGUGGCAUAGGCGAUCGAUUCCAGGAGCCUCCCUUUCCCGGUUAUCAGAAUAUGGCCCCCAAUUAGUCAAGGGUUUCAAGACGCUUCCCAGUACGGAGUAGUUGGUGGUGAAUUCUCAAAUGGCCAGACUUCCAGG